UAGUGUAGUGAGGUAGAGCAAGACGCAGGCGCCGGAGGAUCAGCUGGGGGAGAAAACAUUGCGUCGUGCACCACUGUCAAGGCCCAGGUGUUGGAGUGUUAGUUAUUACUCGUUAAUAUGGGUGGGAGCACGUCCAAGUUGAAACGCUGGAUGAGUAAUGGGACUGAGGAUCCAGAGCAGUGUGAGAGAGCUGUUAAAAAAUUGGCUUCACCCUUUGUCUAUACUCGAAGAGGAUCAAUGUACUUUGAUGAGGAUGGAGAUGUGGCACAUGAAUUUUAUGAAGAAGUUCCACCUCUGAAACGUGGUGUGAAGGCAACGAUGAAAAGAAUACUGAUAAACUUGACACCCCAGGGUGAAGUACGGCUACCAUUCCCUUGUCUUCAUGUAGAUUUCCCAAUCAUCCUCUAUCAAGACAGCUGAGAUGAACAGGGGGAGACGAGCCCCUGAAAUAUUUUUUUGUGACAGAUAUAGUGUAUCCAAGUCAAACAGAUGCCAUGAGUUAGUGCAGACUGUGAGAUUCACUAAAGACAAUACUUGUACCUACUCAUUUAAUGGACUAUUGAGAGGAGAUGCUCUCUUGUGAACAUGAUAGUUGACUACAGGGUGUGUUGUGUAAUCCCUCCACUCUUCCUGGUUGCAGCCCAGAUUGGGAGUGAGUAGAAGGGUGUUGCAGCUAUGAAUUGAUGCCAGAAAGUUACCCACUCAGUGCCCCUUUCAAUAAUGGUUGUGAUAAUCUUACUGUAAACCACUAUCAUAGUAUUUCUGUUCCUUCAUCAUAGUGUGUGAGUGACUCCAUGAUGUAUCCUGCCCUGUGACCCAGAUCAAAUAUAUUUUCCCACAGACCGACUCUGUUCUCUGCUUGGUUUAACAUCUAUGGUGUUUUGAUCAUAGUUAAACUGCAUUAUUGGAAUAAUUGCCUUGAUGUAAGUAUGAGAAGGAGAUUCAAACCGGAAGUGAAGUUUGGACAACAGUAGUAAUGAUACAUUCUGUCAGAGAGUGUGACCCAAGUCAUUAAAACAUUGCUUCACACAAUAAACCGAGUUUUUUGUCAUCGGGAAUAUUUUUACCCAAAGAUUGAUUUGCUCAAGUGAGGGAAUUGUUAUUUAGUGUUUCAGUAGGAAACAACUGAAGGAGAUUAAAACCCAUGUGACCAGUUUUAUUAUGCUUUGUUUUUUACAUUAUUGUAUGAGAUGAACUUUGCCUUAUAAUUUUGAUAAUGGUGAAAAAAAUUUUUUAAUUAACACAAUAGUUUGUGCCAAGUUUUGCUAUUAGUGGAGAGACUGAGCAGGAACCAGAGAAUGAGCCGCGAUCAUGAACCUAAGACAGCUGAUGGACCUUCCUGUGUCAUCUAGAGAGCUCGUGUGUCAUUUAGUACAGUAAUUAUUUAUAGAUCAUCUUUGUAGAGGCUAUGAUGCUCCCUUACUCUCUCCUCUCAGAUAUAAAGGCCAUGUUAUACUGUAAAGAAAAACCUUUUUUGUAUGUCUGCUGUACUCUUUGGUGUCAAGAUUUGUACUUGAGGCUUCUUUAGUGGUUAUGAUAGUAUUGUAUGUAUGUAUGUGUGUUACUUCAGUGAAAAUUAAAGGUGUUGAUCUAAGAUGGAAAGGCAUAUAUGGUAGCUUUUCUUAUUACUAUAUCAUCAUAAAAGUCUUAAUUACUAUAUAAAUAUAUAUACUGUAUAUAUACAGCAUAUAAAUAUAUUAAAGAUGAAACUUGUAAUUACCUGAGUGUGUAAUGCUUAUAUUGUGUGCUAUUAAAAUAGUUUUUCAAGUCAUUUAUGUCUAAUCACUUAGACAAAAAACUAUUAACUUAUAUAAUUAGUAUUAUGUAUAAAAAUACAGUGUAUACAGUAAAUUCUGUAUUAUUCUUGAUUUAGUAUUUGUAGAGCAAUUAUUUAUGGUGUAGAAAAAGUUAGGACCAUUAUUUUUAACAUUUGGGGAUACAGUGUGGUAUUCCUGGUUAUCCGGGGUCAGUCAAAUACCGUACAGUACCAGAGGUGCUGCCCUCACGACCUCAACACACUCCACUAACUCACUAAGUGGCCAGACACCACCACCCAGGGCUGAGUACAUACACAGUCAACACUACCUCACCUCACACCCACCCAACACUCCUCAGCCCAUAUGGCUACAUUUUACACUGUGUUUUAUGAUGUAAUGUUUUGUGUGACUGAUGCUACAUCUGUUAAUGCACAUGGCACACCACCCACAUAUCUUGUUUCCCUCGGGCAGCUGGCAGCCCAACCUGCAGUAACUCCACUGACCCCUUCAUUGUGACUGGGUUACCUCCCCUUACAGUGGUUUAUCAUGUGCAUCUGUGAUAGUGCAGUGUUUGUAAUACCUGUAUGUUGUUUAUUAUUUUAUUAUACAGUUUAUGCUACAUGAGGGCUGUAAUAUGGUACAGUAUAUAGUGGGUGAACUUGAACUGACUUUUCACUUCAGUACUUAUGUAUUCACACGGUUGUAUUAUUUUCUUCACACAAACCCCCAAGGGAUGCAACCUCGCAUUGAAAUGGGAAUCUUCUGUAUUACUAUUUUACUCUAUUAUAAAUGUGUUUUAGUGAAUGUUUCUCAGUAACUGGGCAGCUCGGUAUCUCAACUAUUUUCCCCAUAAAUUACAGUAGAAGUCGAAAAAUCCGGACUGCUUGGGGAUUGGGUCGGUCCGGAUUUUCGGAUUUUCCGGAUUCUCAGGCAGUACUUUUAAAAUUCAAAUUUAAGGAGGAAUAAAGAAGAGAUGAACAGGUACAUUUUAUUAGUUUAUUCUUUAGCAGAUAUAGCAUGCUUCAUUUAUCAAAACGAGCAGUUUCAUAGAAAAAGCUGUGAAUUCUAGAAUUUUAUUCUUUGCCUUUUUUAUAUCAUAAAUUGUAGACUUUCCA